AUGGCUAAACUGAAAUUAAUGAAUUGCCGUACACUCUUGAUUUUCUACUUAUAUUUGCUAACAGCAAAUGUUUCGGCAGCGAAUCAAACAUUAAAAAAAGAUUUGCACGAUGAUAAGGUAAUCGUGGAUGAAGUAAGCAAAGCGCCCGAAAAUGUAGUGCCUAUUGUUGUCACCGAUAAGUACAUUAAAGAAUCGGCUGAAGUGCAUAAACAAAUAACAGCAACAAUAAAUAAUGAUGAUCAAAGCGCUAAGGUUGCGGAAGAACACAAAGUGCCGCCUGAACCACAGGUUGAGCAAGAAAAAUCACCUGAAGCGCAUUUUAGUCACGUAGUUGAAGAAACGAAAUUCAAAACAAAAGAUGUAAAUCUCGAUUAUGAGGAUGAUGAUUUGCCCGCAUCAUAUCUAACCGGAUUCUAUAUAUUCCUUGGGCUUAGUUUGUGUGCGAUGCUCUUUAUUGUGGCAAAAGUUUAUCGAUUACGUCUAUCGAGAGCUGAACGCAGGUACGGUGUACAAGGUGACCGCAGUACACAGGAGUUAGUACCUUUACCCGUUUCCAUUGAAGAUGAUAAUAGUGAGGACGAGGAUCAUACUUUAUUCGAAGUGAAUCGCCCACAAAUUCGAAUCUUAUGA